AUGGCUAGGACAUGGCUGCUGCUUCUCCUGGCCCUCAGGUGUCAAGGCCUGCCCACAGGCAGAGCUGGUCUUCCCUUUCCAUCUCUGGCCCCACCUGUCACACUGCUGGUGGAUGGGAGGCAGCAGGUGCUAGUGGUCUGCCUGGUCCUGGAUGCCCCACCUCCUCACCUUGACAGCCCCAUCUGGUUCUCAGUCGGCAACGGCAGCGUACUAGACGCCUUCACCUACGGGCCCUCGCCAGCAACAGAUGGCACCUGGACGAGCCUGGCCCAGCUUUCCUUGCCUUCUGAAGAGCUGGAAGCCUGGGAGCCCUUGGUCUGCCACACCAGGCCUGGGGCUGGCGGGCAGAGCAGGAGCACACGCCCCCUCCAGCUGACAGGGGAAGCACCCACAUCCAGGUCGUGCUUUCAGGAGCCUCUCAGGGGGACACCGGGUCAGGUACUGCGGCUGAGCGUGCUGCGCCUGCUUCUCUUCAAGCUGCUUCUGCUGGAUGUCCUCUUGACCUGCAGCCCCCUCUGCACGCUGGCGGGCCAGCACCCACUGCCACCACCCCCAUGCCAGCCCCUGCCUCUAGCUCACCGGAUUUGGACAUAG